CAUUGUAUGUACGGAGCGGCAGUAGCCUGACGAAGUCCAUCACAGACGAAUGACUGUUUGUGCAUUUUGUUUGCUAAAUAUCGUAAAUUUUCGUUCUGUUUCGUGAAUUUUUGUAAAUAUUUGUACCGAUUAACAUUAAAUGUAAAUAAAAUUGUGUUCGCCUUGACGUUGGUUGGAUUGCUAAUAAUCACUUGUUUGUUUUGUUGUUUCUGCCAAAACAAUAUACAACAAGCUUUGAUGUCCACUAUUAUCUGUUUCUUCAACUAGUGCAAUCGAUCCAAUAAAAAUUGAAAUUUGUGUACUAGAUGGCGCCCAAAAUAACGUACGACCACAAAAAUCAUCAGACAUCCGCUAUAACCAUAAAUCCGCCUACGUCACAAGAAUUCAUUUCGGAGACUGCUACACAACCUUCAGAAGCAUUCCUCGCAUUGCUAGAUGAAAUUCCGAUUCCGGAUGUCUCAAGUAUCAACGAACUGCCUCAUUAUGACGAACAUUUGUUCGAUUUACUCAAUGACAGCGCACUUGAUGCGAACGAACAUGAUAGCAGUCAUUAUUUGAAUUCAUCACUACCUCCGGGAUACGUCCCGGAUUCGUCGGAUUCGUGUCCAGAUAGGGAGAAUUUCGAUGGUACCUCACUCCCGUCGAUGCAUUAUGAUAUCAAUGCGAAUUCAAUGGUUCCCGAAGUCUACCCGCAAGGAGUUCAAAUCGCUUCAUCCCCUUGUACGACUAUAGAUCUGCAGCAACAGCGUGUUGAGGUCAACUUCGGAGUACACCAAACUUCACUAAAUCGAGACUCGAAUGGAACCACGCCUAGUGAAUCUGACAGUUAUUUAAAGGUUAUUCACUCUCUGGGACAUCCAAUGGAGAACCUUCCAUGGCAAGUCAAUUCUACCUCAGCUUCGGGACUCUCUCCUUAUAUGAAUCCCAACCAACAAACUAAUUGGAAUGUGGAACAAACCUCACAAUUACCCGUAAUCGGCCCAGAUACAAUAUAUAGGAACUGUACGGAACGUGUCGCCUUUACUCCAAAUGCCACAAUCGGAAUAAUGCCUGUUGCAGAUGACAAUAGUUCGGAAAUUAUUCUACCACAAAAUCAACAAAGUCAACAGGAACAUGGAAGUUUCACUCCAAACAUGAUGUACCCGAGCCAACAGCCUGUCGGAAUUUGGAUACCAAAUUCACAACAAACCAUCAACAGCCCCACGGUAAAAUUGCAAACCAACACAGAACUCGCCAGUUUCGCUCCAGAUAUCGCGUUUCCGAGCCAAGAACCAAUCGGGAAAGCCUGGAUGCCAGUGUCGAAGAACGACGCAGACAUUCAACCAUCAUCCGCAUCUGAUACAACUGAGAAGAUUUCUAAUUCUCUGGAUAGGGACGAAAAAGAUCUAAAAUUAAAUAUGCCUCCGGUUGUGCUUCGCAUUGCAAUAGAACUAAAAGCAGAUCAAUGGAUUAUCAAAUCAACAGGCCCACCUAUUACCGAAACUAACCCACCGCUCGAAUCGACUUCGACCCAAUACUGCUUGUCGAACCGUAACAUUCCAACAGAUAAAAUCAAGGUGGGAAAUCCCAAUAAAAAUAAGUCUGUAAAACAUCAAACCACGAGACCACGAAAAAAUGUCAACAAUUUGCCCAGGGCUCCUGUUAGAGUUACUAACAUUACUAAAUUUCCAACUAGGAGGAAACGGGAAAUUGUAAUAGCCCACACCAUUUUCUGCUGUGAAGUUUGCAACAAAAAGUGUACUUCUCAGGCUGGGCUAACGCAGCAUAGAGACUCUCGCCAUAGCGAUAUCCCGCGACCAUUCCGGUGUGAAUCAUGUGGAAAGAGAUUCAUAACUGAGGCUGUGUUGGUGGACCACCAGCGAAGUCAUUCUGAGAAAUAUAAAGCCAAUGCCUGUGGUUGGUGUGAUCGAAGGUUCGUCUACUCCAAGGAUCUCGACAGACACCUCGAGAAUCACACCAGCCUUAGUUUUGUCUGUAGCGUUCAGGAUUGUGGUAAGGGUUUUGCUCGGGCGGAUCAUCUAAGAGCCCACGAACAGUCGCACAUCAUCCGGAAACAGCUACAAGUAAAAAAGGGAAGAGUAAAGAAACGUGUCGAAGUGUGUUCAACGUAGGUUCAUAAUGAUUUUAGGGAUUAAGCGGAAAGCAAUGAAAGUAAAAAAGUGGUAUCUUAUUGGUUAGACCAUUGAUAUUCGAAGAUACAACACAAUUGAUAGCCAAACAUACAAA